AUGGGUAUAGAAUCAGAAGCUUUGACGUACUUUGACGAUAAAGUAAUCAAUGAAUUCGAGGGUGUCGGAAGUGAAAGCUUAAUACAGUUAUUACAAGCUCCCGAUCAAACAAGCCAAGAUGCUGAAAAUAUCACAUCACAAAUUUUCACAGAGCUUCUUUUAGUGUAUGAAGAAGAAAGGAUAUCACUAGAAGCUAUCAUACAGUUUUUAUCUUUGGCAAUUAAUGAUGAAUUUACAGCUGUAAUAUUUUGUCAAGUAUUCGACGUAUUCCCAUUGUCAUUUUCUUUGCAAAAGCUUUUACUGGAAAUUUAUCAGCGUCAGAAUAUAAUUAAGGCAUCAACCUUUUCAAAAAUGAUAGGUUACGAGUCGAUACUGAAACUGUCUAUCGUUCCUACAGAUACAUUAAUGAAGCAAUUAAAUACACACAAAAGAGAUGAGUUUUAUACGCAGAAGAAAUAUAAUUUAAUUCAUGAAGAAUCAGAAGGAUACGCCAAAUUAAUGGUAGAACUUUACAAUAUUUUGAAAUAUAAUGAUACAUCCUAUCAAGUUGAUUAUGCUCUCCGCAUAAUUGAGGAAUUAACUGGACAUUAUAAUUUGGAUCCAAAUCGUACUCUUGAUAUUUUGAUCGAAAUAUAUAGUAAUAACUUUGUUGGAAAUCAAGACUUUGCUAUCAAUUUACUUAAAAAAUCCCAAUGGUGGCCGUCGAAAGAAAGUGAUUGUUUUUCAUCUAUAGAACAUCUUUCUCAAGGUGGUAACGAAACUGCUGCUAAGAUUAUUGGUUUGAGGAUUCUGAAACAACCAUUGGACAAAGACUUACCUGAAACCCUUAAAAUCUUAUUUGCUUGCUUAAUUAAGGAAGGCUUUGUAAGUUUCGGGUCUAUCUAUAAGUAUAUAACACCUGGUGAUGAAGAAAUGAAGGCAUUGGAGGCCGAAUAUAAAAAGAAUUUGAAUGAAAAAGUUUUUAAAGCAAGCGCUAGUGCACUUGCGUUAGCAGCUCCUUUACAGGAAGAGGAAGAGGAAGUAAAUACUUCUAAAGACAAAAAGCCAUCUUCGCAAGGCAAUACAAAACAGAAAGAAGCCACCAUUCAGUCAAAAUUAAAUUCUAACCUUAGAUUCCAAUUUUUGCGUGUGCUAUUAGGUAAUGGGUUGUAUUGGCCUUCUAUAUACAUCUUGACUGAAUAUCCAUUUUUGGCAUAUAUUGAUGAUGAAAUUAGUGACUUGAUAAACCGUCUAUUCAACUCGAUGCUUACACCAUUGUAUGAUUCCAUAAGGGUAUUUUCUGACGAAGAAUUGGAUAAGUUGCAAACAUCAAAGCAAGUUGCUUUUUCAAGACCAUUUAACAAUGUUCGUUAUGAAGAAUCUCCUUGUACAGAAUUAUUGAGUUUUAAGCCUACGAUCAAAAGUUUCAGUCACAAACGCUUUCACUACUUUUAUACAAAUUGGAAUAAAAAAAUUCCUCAGAUAAAUAAUCCUGAUGACUUGUUUAAAGUUUCAAGAGAGUUUCUUAAAUUCAAUGGUGUAAACUUAGCUAAGGAUUUAGAAUUGUUUUCCAAAAUAUGUGAAAUAGGGAUUUGGGAUUUGAAUAAAAAUCAAGAGAAUGAAAAUAGGAAAGCAGAGUGGCUUAAUUAUUUCAGAAAUUUUAUUUUUCAAGCAAUGCCGUUGAUAGAAGAAAAUUCAAUUAUAAUAGAUAAGGCAUAUUCCAUUUUAUCUUUUUAUGAUUCUGAAGAUCGCUUUAAUUUAUACAGUGAAAUGCACCAGGUACUAGCGAAAAAUAACCCAUUAAUUAAAAUUGCCUAUGGAAAGGCAGAGAAGUCUACAAAAGAUGUUUUAAAAAGGUUGUCCAAAGAGAACGUGCGCCCCAUGAUGAGAAGACUUGCGAAGAUCAGUUUUUCUAAUCCAUUACCUUGCUUUUUAACUAUAUUACAGCAAAUUGAAAGUUAUGAUAACUUAAAUACCUUAGUUGUCGAGACUGCGAGAUAUUUUAAUAAUUAUGGGUGGGAUACGUUAACUUUGGCAAUUUUGAUGAGGCUUACUGCAGCAGGAAGAUCAAAUAUACAGGAUGAUGGGUUAAAUGAACGUCAAUGGAUCCAAUCAUUGGCAUCUUUUAUUGGUAAGAUAUGCCAUCGUUAUCCUAAUGCAAUAGAUUUGAAAACAUUAGUAACGUUUUUAUUGAAAUCUCUUCACAAUAAAGAGAACCUUGGCUUAAUCGUCUUAAAAGAGAUAUUUAUAUCAAUGGGGGGUAUCCAAACAAUCGCUGACUUAACCUUAAAACAAAUUGACAUGAUUAAUUGUGGUUCAUCAUUAGAAAAGGUGGUCUAUAGAACGAUCGAUGAUUUACGGUUCGAGAGGUUCAAAUCUGGUCGCAUCUUGGUCAAAACUCUCGUAGAGCUUGAUGCCGUGAAUGAAUUAUUAAUCUUACUAUGCCAGCUAGGUGACGACAUGUUAUUUAAUUCUGAUAAUUCCCAUUUGAAAGUAUUAGCAAACAAGAGUGACGAUCUAAGUACAGUCUUGCAUCUAUUCACCCAACUAAUCAAUUUUUUCGGAAAUAGUGAAGAUUUAGAUAAAUUAUUAUUGCCGGUUUCAGAAUUUAUUAAACAGUACCAUGUACCACCGUCAUUCGCCUUUGAAAUUUGGAGACAGACUAUCAGUAAAAACAUCUUAGCAGCUGAUUCAGAUGAUACUUUUACUCCUGUUAUAAGUGAUAUUAUGAAUCAAUGCUCUCAAAUUUUACCUUCGAAAGUCUGGGAUGAUUUAUCAACUGGCUUAUAUGCAACAUUUUGGCAAUUGUCGCUUUAUGAUAUUAACUAUUCCGAGGAGCUAUAUGAAUCUGAAUUAGAGAAGUUAAAAUCUAAUAUAAACAGUAUUAAAGAUACUCUUUUAAUUAAUAAAAGAAGUAGUGAGGUCACAAGAGCAACUAUAGAUAGGUAUAAGAAGGAUUUAAAACAAAACGAGGACUUUGUUUUGGCAAUUCCAGAUGAAAGAGAGAGUCAUUUGAAGCAUUCUGAGUUAUUUUCAAAAAGAUUAAACAAAGAAUCAUCACAUUGGUUCGCAAUGAGUGGUGUUGAGAACAUUAAGCUGCAAGUUCAAUCAUUUUUCCAAUAUUGUCUUCUUCCAAGAGCAAUCCAUUCAUCAUUCGAUGCAGCAUAUUCAGCAAAGUUCUUAUUUCAGUUGCAUAAAGUAGAAACUACUAAUUUUUCUAUUAUUCUUGCUCUAAAUGAAUUAAUUAAAAGUAAUCUUUUAUUUGGUACAUUGUUUACUUCCACUCCUGCUGAAGCAGAAAAUCUUGGUUUGUUUUUUGCUGAAUUACUUAAGAGAUUACAUGAAUGGACAAACGAAAGCACGUUCAAUAAUGAAGCAAAAAAUUACACUUUAUUUUCAGAAGACUCUGAAGAAUUAACUUAUGAUAAAUUUCGUAAGUUGUUGUUCGAAUAUCAUGAUAUUAUUUUGAAAGAUGUUGGACAAGCGUUGGAGGUCAAAGAAUACAUGUGUCGUCGUAAUGCAAUUACUUUUUUGAAAUAUCUCGUUGGUAUUUAUCCUAACGUAGAGGAUCAUUGUGAAAAGAUCGUAAAAUACCUCGAAAAUAUUUCCUUGAAUGAGGACAGAGAGGAUUUGAAAUUGUCAUCAAGUGCAUUGAUUGGACACGUGAAAUCUAGAUCAAAGGAAUGGGUACCUUUGUGGGAAUUUAUUCCUAUGGAUGAUCAAGAAAAGGAAGCACAUGUUCAAAAACGAAAUGCAAUAAAAGAGAGUAUUAAAAAAUUGGAGCAAGAAAAUAAGGAUAGGAUCAAGGAGAAAGAGCUUAAAGAGAAGCUUAUGAGAGAAAAAGAGCUCUCAGAGAAAAGAAGCAAUACAAGUACAAUCAGCUAUGAUGAGUCGAAGUCUGCACCAUCAAGGCCCGGUACCAGAACUUCUGAUUCUGCCAAAACAAGAUAUGACUAUUAUUCAAAGUAUGGAGAAAACAAAAUUAAGAGUCAACCAAAAGUCGAGAAUUCUAUAGAAUCACAAAAGGCAGCUAAACCAGAAGAUGAACUAGUUGAAAAAUCGAAGCAAGAAGAAAAGAAAGAAAAUUCAAAACCUCUAGACUUGAAGGCUAGGAUUAGAGAAGCAAAGAAAGAAUUAAAGGAAUCUAAUAAAUCUAACUCAACCCCGGUAUCUAAGGAGGCUUCUCCGACUUCUUCUAUUGAAAUCGCUAACAAUAAGGAUCAUACGAAAGGAACUAUAACCGCAAGAAAACCAAACAUGCCGAAAGGUCAACUGAAUGCUAGACUAGCAGAAGAGAAUAGACCUAAACAGCGUACUCCUCUUCCACCACAAGAUGUGGCUGCUCAAAAGGACACACACAAUGAUUAUAGAUACAAUGAAAAAAAUCAACAAUUUGGAGGCAGAAGAUACAAUGAAAAUUAUAAUUCAAAUAGAUACAAUCAAAGAUCGUACACUCCAAGUGGUCAACAAAAUAAGCUGCAACAGAAGAGACCUAUUCCUCCACCUCCAUCUAGGGGUCCUUCUAGACCUAUUCCUCCACCUCCUCCACCGCCUGUUAAUCUCAAACCAACCAGUGAUAACCAACAUAAGCAUGAUAACCAAGGGAGCAGAAACGCAGGUAGAUAUGAUUCCAAAAGAAAACAUGAUACGUAUAAUAGCGGUGGAAGAGGAUACGAUAAGAAACCAAGGUACUAA